GUAAAAGUCAUGUGAGUAAACUUUUAGCAGACAAACUUCGCUGCGAUUGUUUUGGUGUCAAAUCGAAAUGGGAUGCUGUUUUAGUGAAGAAGAAGAGCCAGAUUAUGGGCCAGUGAAUCCCAAUGAAAGAACCCCACUUAUUAAUCCUCCCAGUAAUAAUCAACAGACCAGUAAUCAUGAACGAACAAACUCAACUAACCAAUCUCAACAGAAAGGUGAUGAACAGUCAGCUCUCACUCGAAUAUUACAUAGGAAUGCACGAGAGGUGAUAGAUGUUACAGCUGAUUCUCAAACAUUACAGCAGAGUGAAUACCACGACAGACAGAGGCAGUAUAGUAAUCGGUUAAAUAUGGUGAUAGCUGAUUCAGGGCGUCAACCCAAUUAUAACAAACCCUUACCCCAAGGCGUGACGUCGGCUCAUACUGUUUUAUCAGCCCCCCCAGUCUCAGCUGCUGAUGUUCAACUAAUAACUAAUGCUACAGACAAGGCGUCAAAAUUUAUAAAAGAUAUAAAAGUCCAGCAUAAAGAAGAUUUAGUGGCCUCCUUCGGGGUGCCGUAAAAAUACAAGAGGAUAAUUAGCCAUUACAUUAUGUAUAUUAUAUCACCCUUAUCUUUCAUUGGUUUAUUUUAAAAUAUUUCACUCUUUUGUUGAAUCACCUUAAAAUUCAUUCAUAUUUUAGAAAUAUAUAGAAUUGGUUUAGGAUAUGUUUUGCCCAUAGUUGAUCGUCUUCACUUGUAGCUUUUUUUGUGCACUUUGCAGGAAUGAACUCCUUUAGAAUUUUUGAAAAUUAGAUUUAGAGAGAUAGGAUUUAACCUUGAAAAUUUAUUAACUUCCUCUAUUGGUGGAAAUUUCCGUUUAAAGUAUGAAAUUUUCCCUCCAAAUAUCACUUUAAAUUUGAAACUCCUGUGUGUGGUGAUGUUGAAAAUUUUCUUCUAAGUUAUUUCAGUUAAUAGUUGAAAAUUUUCCUUAUUGAAGAUCCUUCCUCAAACUAAGUAGAAACUUGUGAUGAGAAGUAACUAAGAUGUAUAUAUUAUAUGGAAUAUAUGAUGUGUAUUAUAAGAUAUUUUUACUAUAAGGGUAUAACUGAUUAUUCUAAAUUAUACAAAGUGGAGCUCUGUUAUAUACCUAUAUUUUACUUACUCUGUUAACUCAUUCUGAUUAAUUGGGUAUUUGCAGUGGGGGUACAGCUAGAAAAAUGGUUUGCACCCCCAAUUGUACCCCCACUUUAUUUUCAACAAGUUAUGAAUAUGAUUUUUAUACUUCUGUGCCCCAAAAUAUUUGUCAGAAUGCAACAGAUCAAUUCAAUUUUUCAAAGAUUUUCUUGGGGAAUUAUCUCAGACGCUCAGAGUGGUUUGAGACUACGACUCCGCCACAGGGUUGCUUCAUUUUGAAUCAGUUGAGUCAGUCUGCCGUCUAUUUUACCCUAAGUCUCAGAAGACUGGCACUAUCACUGUAUCUGAUUGACCAAUUGAAAGCAGACACCAAGCUGACAUGCAGGAGCACUGGCCACGGCAUCACAUUUUUCGGUAUUUUUGGUGAGCUGUGAGCUCUUUGAGUCCAUUUUCGAUACAAAGACGAAGCUGAAUUUAAGCUUGUUUUUAUGGUUGGAUAUCUAGUGAAGUAAAGGUAUAUAAUGGAACUUGACUGGGAAUCUAUGAAUGAUAUUAUGUUGAAUGAAUGGAUAUUUAUAAAGCAUAAAAACCUUUCUUUAGUUCAAUUAGUUUUCUUUUCAUAAACUCUUACUUGUAGUUUCUUUUUUUAUUGAAAAAAUAUCUUGUUUUCUUCUUUCUAGUUGAAAAAAUUUGUUAUAGAAAACUUUGAAAUACUCUUACUACAUAUUGAGUGAAAAUUUGUUUAGUGUCCUUCACGCCAGUUGCAUAUGGAUGCCAAUAACACACAUGAAUUCAUGGCCACUUUCAUUAUUUGCAACUAUACGCAACUGGUAAUUGGAAUGGUGUCAGGGCACCUUUAGUUUACUUGAUAGAAAAUUAUGAUUAAACUUAAAAUUUUUCCUCUUUUUGGUGAACUUCUUUGCAAUUUAAUAUGCAAAGCAGAAAAAGACACAUUUCUAAAUGAAUUAACUGAUUUGUUUAAUCAAAUUUGUUUUUGAAGAUGACUUGAAGAUAAAUGAAAAAGUUAAAAAGAUGUGAAAUGGACCCCCAGUUAGCCUGCUGGAUAAUAUUAUAUUUUGGUAUUGUACAGAAAUUGUUUAAUUCUACACAGAAUUAUUUAUAUUAUAGACAGAUAUUAAAUAUCUUCUAAUAUU